AUGGCGUCCAGGGUAGCUCGCUUGACCCAGUUGUUUACACCUUUCUAUGCUUCGGGAAUAAAUGCUCAACUCGUCUACCCGGCCACGUCCGUAAUUGUGAAACCAGGCGAGCUCUCCUCCGCGCUCAUGAGGCCCCUGCAAACCGCAACAUAUGAGCCGCACCGGUCGCCCGAAUAUCUUGCAGCGACGCUAGCAAUUGGUAUCAUGAAUGGGCAUCCGUUCCUGGACGGAAACAAGAGAACC